AUGGUGGCGUCGCGCGACAGUAUGGAUCUCGACGUUGCCUCGACGUCAGGCGUCACCAUCGAAGACUUGCUCUCGUCACGCUCCAACGCAUAUUCUGCCACUGAUGCCGCCUUGUCCGCUCAACUCGAUCAGCGCAAGCUGGCCAGGAGCCUUGCCAUCCCCACCUCGGACCCCAAAGUGAGGUUACGAUUGCGACAACUCGGCGAACCCAUCACUUGCUUUGGCGAACGCGAGAUGGAUCGUCGUGAACGUCUUCGUCAGCUGCUUGCCCGACAACUGCAGCAGCAGCCUUCAUCGACCUCAACUCCACACGACUCACAGCAAAACAGCGAUAGCGAUUCAGCAGAAGGCGGCGACGACGACCAGGAAGACGAAGAGUUCUACACCGAAGGCUCACCCGCUGUCGUUGAUGCACGCCGCAAGAUGGCUUGCUUUUCACUCCAGCGUGCCAAACGCAGACUUGCAGUACAACGCCGAGACGCCGCCGUCCCACUCGCCUCGAUCGUCAAAUUGCGCUCCAAAGUGUUUGAGCCCAUCAAGGCCUACACCAACCUCGGCUCUCAGAUUGGCGACGACCGUCCCGUAUCAAUGACGCGGUUCGCACCCAGCUCGCAACUGCUCGCAACAGGCAGUUGGUCCGGCAGCAUCAAGCUCUGGCAGGUGCCCAGUGCUAACCACAAGAGUACGCUGCGAGCGCAUACAGACAAAGUGGGGGGCUUAGCAUGGCAUCCGCAGGCGACCUUGACUCAAGAUGCUGCGGCUGUCAACCUUGUCUCUGGAGCUGGGGAUGCUUCUGUCUGCCUGUGGAGCCUCGACAGCGAUCGGCCCUUGGCUACGUUGCAAGGCCACGAGGCGCGUGUAGCACGAACGGCGUUCCAUCCAACGGGCGACUACGUGGCAAGUGCCUCGUUUGACGGCACGUGGCGGCUGUGGGAUGUCGCCAGCUCUCAAUGCCUCACUGUUCAAGAAGGGCACAGCAAGGAAGUUUACGCGGUCGAGUUUCAAGACGACGGUGCACUCGUAGCCAGUGGUGGGCUCGACGCUAUCGGUAGAGUGUGGGACACGCGCACGGGCAGAUCAGCCAUGGUGCUCGACGGUCACGCCAAGGAGAUUCUCUCGAUCGACUUUGCGCCCAACGGCUACCAGCUUGCCACUGCCAGCGGCGACGAUACCGUGAGGAUAUGGGACAUGCGCGCGCUCAAAUCCAUCUACACCAUCCCUGCGCACAAGUCGUCCGUUUCCGACGUUCGGUUCUUCCGCUCUCUCUCGCAUCGCACGUCGCCAUUUGCGCCGCAAGACGGAGAGGAACAACACGAGAUCAGUCGAAAUGGCCUCUACCUCGCCACCUCGGGCUACGAUGGCAUGGUGAGGAUCUGGUCCGCCGAUGACUGGCAGCUGUUGCGCACGCUCAGUGGAGACGGUGGAAGGGUCAUGAGCGUCGAUAUCAGCUCUGAUGGCGAGAUGCUCGUGAGUGGCGAAUGGGGGAGGACGUUCAAGCUCUGGGGUUCGUUGUGA